CCGACAAUCUUUCAAGGCCCGUGCCCCCGUCCCUCCUCUCCUCUGCGCCUUUCCAUCAUCAUUUACGCCCAACCCCAACACAUGUACAUUUCCCUUGGCUUGCUUCCGGAGAAGAAAAGAGCGGCCAUCCACUCCACUCUCCACUCUCUCCCUUCCAUCAUUACUUGCCCAAAAACGGCAAUCCCCUCCCCUCCAUCUCCAUGUGCUCUUCCACCUAGCUCCGCCAUUCAAAGCAAAGCACCAAGCUUUUGCCUCUCCCUCUACCAUGCCUGCCCCCUAUACAUAGCUGCUGCACCGUCUCUCUUCAUAAAUAUACUAGUAGGAGUAGCAGAGCUCAUCACUUCGAUCAUCUCCAUUAUCGGAACUUCGGAGUGACAUGGCAAUGGCGGCGGCGCCCCGGCCCAAGUCGCCGCCGGCGCCGCCCGACCCAUGCGGCCGCCACCGCCUCCAGCUCGCCGUCGACGCGCUCCACCGCGAGAUCGGAUUCCUCGAGGGUGAAAUAAAUUCAAUCGAAGGGAUCCACGCUGCCUCCAGAUGCUGCAGAGAGGUUGACGAAUUCAUCGGAAGAACUCCUGAUCCAUUCAUAACGAUUUCAUCGGAGAAGCGAAGUCAUGAUCAUUCUCACCACUUCUUGAAGAAGUUUCGAGCAAGUGCGUGCUGCCUCAGCUACCUCUCCUGGAUCUGCUGCUGCAGCAGCGCCGCCGGCGGCUGCUCAUCCUCCUCCUCCUCCUCCUUCAACCUCAAGAGGCCGAGCUGCUGCUGCAACUGCAACUGCAACUGCUGCUCCUCCUCCUCCUCCUCAUGUGGGGCGGCGUUAACGAAGAGUCCGUGUCGCUGCCGCCGCCGCAGCUGCUGCUGCCGUCGCUGCUGCUGCGGCGGCGUCGGCGUCCGCGCGUGCGCGAGCUGCAGCUGCUCCCCGCCGUGCGCGUGCUGCGCGCCGCCGUGCGCGGGAUGCUCGUGCCGCUGCACCUGCCCGUGCCCGUGCCCCGGCGGCUGCUCCUGCGCGUGCCCGGCGUGCAGGUGCUGCUGCGGCGUCCCUCGUUGCUGCCCCCCCUGCUUGUGAUCGAUCGAUCGAUUGAGCGAAGCUGCACUGAUUGGUUAAUUAAUUAGUUCUCGAUGAUGAUCGAUCGAGCUGCGCGCGUACUUAAUUAGCUAGCUAGGUUCUGGUGUUAAUUAGUUCCUCAUCGAUGCAUAUGUUGAUUGCCUUGCUCUGCUUGCGGUUAUCUGUAAUUUGGCUUUGCUGCCAUGAUGAGUACGUGAUUGCUGAUUUAUUUUACAUAUCCUCUGCUAUAUAUAUCUAGCUGGUAGUAGCUAGUUUUGAUCUCA